CCCCACCUUUCUGCAAAUUCUUGGAGAUUAUACUCAAAGAAUCUCUAGUGAAAAACAUUAAAUCAUUGAAUCUCAAAUCCUGUAAAUUUUGUAAAAAUGAAGAUGGCUGAUGGUACUAGAAUUCUUCGAAGAAAUCGGCCAGGGACCAAAGCAAAGGACUUUAGCCGUUGGGCUGAAGAGCCGUUUGAAGAGAUGGACUCGACGUUAGCAGUUCAGCAGUACAUUCAGCAGCAAAUCCGCAGGGAACCGGGCAACAUCGAACUGAUCCUGACACCUCCAGACGCUCAGGACGAAGGUGUCUGGAAGUACGAACACCUUAGGCAAUUCUGUAUGGAGCUGAACGGUCUGGCUGUAAGGCUGCAGAGGGAGUGCCAGCCCGAUUCCUGUACACAGAUGACGGCCACAGAACAGUGGAUUUUCCUCUGCGCCGCGCACAAGACGCCCAAGGAGUGUCCGGCCAUUGACUAUACGCGACACACACUGGAUGGUGCUGCCUGCCUGCUCAACAGCAAUAAGUACUUUCCCAGCAGGGUGAGUAUCAAAGAGUCAUCUGUCGCCAAACUGGGAUCUGUGUGCCGUAGAGUCUACAGGAUCUUCUCUCAUGCCUACUUCCACCACAGAUCUAUAUUUGACGAUUUUGAGAACGAAACGUUCCUGUGUCGAAGAUUCACGUCGUUUGUGACCAAGUACAACUUGAUGUCGAAGGACAAUCUGAUUGUUCCAAUUCUGGAGGGAGAGGGAGGGGGUGUGAGUGGGGAGUCAGAGGCCUAGACACUAUCUACAUCUACCAUCUUCAGUUCAGUUCUUGCUGGUGCCAACUUCUCCAUUUUGUUCCACUUUUACACAUGUGAACAUUCUGAAAUCUUUUAAUUUAUCGAGACACUUGUUUACAUCAGUGUGAUUUUUUUUGUUAUCCUUAGGUUUAAAUAAAUAAUUUAUAUUAGUUAAAAGUCA